UUACUCCUGCAUUUUGUGUCCAUCUUCAAAUGACGUCUGUGCGGGCGCAUGAAGUCACACGCGACCUUCGCGCCUCAAAGCGACCAUGAGGUUGCGUAAUUAGCAUGCCAAGGACACGUAAGUGGGACUGGGGCUUAACUAUGAGAAGCCUACCAAGGGUGAGCAACAAGGACUAAUUCUCCUUGGUACAUGUUCAAUAAUUAGGGGGCACAGGACCAUUUUUUUUAAUGGAAUCAACGAUGCUGGGUUGGAAACUUACUGCCUGAAUGAGUGCUUCAGGCAGAAACCUUAUCACACUGAAGAACCCCAAUGAGCGGUCUUAAAGCUAGCAGGGUAGAGGGAUUAACUUUAAUCAUAUUUUCCCAUGGGGAGAAUGCCAUCUUCUGUGUUAUAAACUUUUAUAAUUAACCAUUUCCACUCACAAAUUAAUUUUUGGGUGGCGCAGUGACGCACGCAGCAGUAACGUUGCUGCCUUACAGUGCCAGAGACCCGGGUUCGAUCAUGACCAUGGGUGCUGUCUGUAUGUUCUCCCUGUGACUGCGUGGGUUUUGUUUGGGUGCCUCCCACAUUCCGAAGACAUUUAGGUUUGAAGUUUAAUUAUCUCCUAUUAAUUGUCCCUAGUGUGUAGAAUACGGGUGAUCGUGGUCUGCGAGAUCUUGGUGGGCCGGAGGGUCUGUUUACACAUUGUCCCUCUAAACUAAACUCAACUAGAAUCACUGUAUUCUGUACUUAAAUAGCAGAAUAGAUUUAAAAAUGCACUAUUUUAAUGUACAAAUGGACAUUUUUAUGAGGAUGUAACAUAUGCAAUAAUUUCAGAGAAAUUAACGGCAUGCAAUUAGGUGGAGAAAGUUUAAACAGAUUAACUUUUAAUCUUUUAGUUAUAUGUUUAAAAUUUCUCCACCCAACUGAGUGACUAGAAAUAAGAUCUUUCAGUGCCAAGAAUAUUUUUCUUCGUCUCAAACUAUGUUAUUUACCAUAUGUCAGCAUUUAACUGAGAACAGAGGAAUAUUACUUCCUUUUUCCAGAUGCGACAAUGAUUUCUGUUUCACAACCAAGUACAUGCUCAGAAAGCAGGUUGUGGUGACGGUGCAGUGAGAACAUAAGUCAAUUAUUGCAAAAACACUCUAUACCUUCAAAAAGAUGACACAGGUAAAAACUCUCUUCAUUACCCAUUAUGGAGACUUCAGUCACCACCAAUGAUAGUUGGGAUUUUGCCUUCCUGGAUCCUUCACUUUUUUCAACAGCCUGUGAAACAUCGGGUGUCAGAAACUUUGGUAGGCUUUUCAUGCCCAGUUUAUAUGCAGUAAUAUUUGUGACAGGGCUUCUGGGCAAUUUGUUGGUCAUUGUGACAUAUGUCCUUUAUGUGAAGCAGAAGACCAUGACAGAUGUCUACGUGAUGAAUCUAGCGAUCGCUGAUUUAAUCUUCCUUUGCACCCUGCCAUUCUGGGCAAUCGAUGCAUAUAAUGAAUGGAUAUUUGGAACUUCUAUGUGCAAAAUUAUGAAUGGUGUGUACACUGUCAAUUUCUACAGCUGUAUGUUAACUCUUGCAUGUGUAAGUGUCAACAGGUACAAUUUGAUUGUUCAGUCAACAAAAAUGCUUAAGAGUAAAAUGAAAAUAUUUCAUAGUAAGAUAGUUUGUGCAGGCGUUUGGGGGCUUGCAAUCAUGCUGGCCCUUCCAGAAUUUAUAUUAAGUGAAGCAUUUGAUAUGCCUGACAAAGUUAUUUGUACUAUGGUAUACCCUCCUAAUUCAGAUAUCAUCAUGGUAGGAGUCCAUGUAUUGCAGAUGGUUGUGGGAUUUUUGAUCCCCUGUGUGACAAUAAUUAUUUGCUAUUCAAUCAUUGCAAAAACUCUACUCAAAGCUAAGGGCUUUCAGAAGAAUAAAUCAUUAAAGAUUAUAGUUGCAGUUGUCAUUGUAUUUAUGAUUUGUGAACUGCCAUUUAACAUUAUACUCUUAAUGCAAACUCUAUCGAUCAUAAGUAAUGAAAGCAUGAGUUGUGAAUACAAGCUAAAUAGAAACUAUGCAAUUAUCAUAACAGAGAGCAUUGCCUAUGUACACUGCAGCCUCAAUCCUAUUUUAUAUGUAUUUCUUGGAGUAAAGUUUAGAAACAACCUCUUAAAGAUUUUAAAAGAUGCUGGAUGUAUAAGUCAAAGACUAUUGGUGGGGUGUCAGAAAACUGAAUGCGAGACAUCACAACAAAAAUCAGGAAUCUCUGAAACAACAAGUUUUCACCCUUUAUAGAAAAUACAUGGUGCAUCGGGAUAUUUACAUGUACAUCAAAGGAAACAG